GGUGUCGGGAGCGCUAGGAGCGCGUGCGCGCUCUCAUCAGAGCUGACGUCCCGUCGCACCGACCGGCCGGCGAGCUGCUGCCGCGCUCCCAAGUGAGAGACAUCGACGCCCGCGUCGUCCCGCUUGUUUCGGAUGUGAUUUGCCGCGAGAAGGAGUCGCUGUCUCCUCGCUCCCUAAAGGAGGGUACGAUCCUUCCGCGUUUCCCUUCGGCCGUCGUUUAAAGCCGGCGGCGAUGGCGGUCUGCCAUCACCACCGCCCGAUAAUCUGUGCCGACGCCGCUGGCUGGGGUGCCCAAGCACGGGCCAGGUAAGCCCACGGCGCUUACUCCUGGACGCCUGGAGGUCCUGCGAGAACACGGGACGCGAUCCUGUCCUCGUUCGUGUCAUCUAGGGACGUGACAUUCGAGAAACGCCCGUCGUCGUUUAGAAAGUGUGUGUUCCGGGCUCUGCGCCGGACUACCACUCUGCGACAGCGCGGAGGACAUGACUUCCCCAAAGACGAAGGAUACUCCGGCCGGUUAGGCAAGUCGUCCGGAAGAUACCGCGCCCGACGAGCGAACGGCGGCGCGCCGCCCUGGGACGCGAUGCGGGCCGGCCUGCUCGCCGCCGCUGUGGUCGCCGGUGUGCUGUGCUGUUGUUGUUCUGGCGGCAUUGGACGUGUGGCAGCCGUGCCUCGCUUCCAGGGCAGCGUGCCGUCGGCUUCUUCGCACGGCGGCGAUGCUCACGGCUCCGCGCAGACGGCCGCACUGGCCGCCAACGCCAGCCGGCCCCUGCUGCCACCCGAGCAGUUCUGCCAGAGCCUGGGCUGCUCCUGUCACCUGGAACAGAGGCUGGCCUGUCAGCUGGAGAGCGACCGCAUCGCUGCCAUACCGCGACUCCUCACGCAGGAUCGCGCCGACAAGAUCACAGACAUAAGUAUCGAGAACCAGAGAAACUUCGUGGAGCUCAACGAGACUCAGCUGCAGUGGUACCCUUCCCUGAAGACACUGACUGUUCACAAAUGUGGCCUGAAAUACGUCUCUCCUAAAGCCUUCCAGCACAACCAGGAAAUCCAGAAAAUCGAUCUAAGGUUCAACCAGAUAGAAGCGAUCGCCUGGACUGCCAUCGACGGACUACAAACUAUAGAGCUGCUGAUCAGCGACAACAGGCUGUCGUGCAACUGCAGCAGCAAGUGGAUCCAGCUGCAGAUCGCGCGCAACAGCAGCAUCUUCGGGCCCCUGGGCAACAAGAUCGAGUGCUGGCCGCCAGACGGCAGUCCGCAGCCGCUGCUCCUGGCCACCUACCCCAUCACCGGAUGCGACGUGCCCGAGGUGGAGGUGGUGAACUCGAGUGCCGUGGUGAACGAGCGCGAUCGUGUGACCCUGACGUGCCGCGGCUGGGGCCAGCCGCCGCCCAAAGUGCACUGGAACACGACGAGGGUCGAGGCGGCGCCCUUCGACGUCGCCAACACGGUCUCCGAGCAGGUCGGCCCCGACGGUCGCCUCAUCCAGGUUAAGACGGCCGAACUGAUCCUGCACAGCGUGGACGGCACAGCCAGCGGCAUGCUGCGAUGCUACGCGGACAACGUCGUAGGCCGCUCCAAGGCAGAAGUCAGCCUCACCAUAUUCACACCGCCCCGCUUCUUGUCCAUGAGCUUGAGCAAGGGCUACUACCAACACAUCAAAUACGAAGCGGUGGGUUAUCCGGCGUACAAUUACACCUGGUACUUCAACAACCAGCCACUGAUCUUGGACGACAAAAACGAUAAGAACGAGAAGAACAAGUACAGCGCCGUCAACGUCAAGACCGACGCUGCCAUCUACAGAGGUUACCUGGAGUUCCAGACAGACCUUCCUUCCAACGAGGGCAUCUACACUCUGGUCAUCGAGAACGAGUACGGCGUCGCCAACAAAAGCGUCGAGGUGUCCUUCACGCCAUUUCCCCAGAACGGACACAAACUCCCGAGAAUGCCGGUGCCUUCCGGAAAGCCCCGGGUCCAGGAGCGAGAAAUGACAGACGCCGAGCAGCACCAGCUUCCCAUGAUAGUGGCGCUGAGCGUGCUGCUGGUGCUGGUGGCGGUGGGCGGCGCGCUCGUGAUGCUGCGCUGGUGCCAGUUCCGGCAGGACUACGCGGCCGACGGCACCCGCUUCUCGGCCUGGCUCUGGGACUCGCUGCGACCGGGCGGCCGGCGCUGCUUCGACCGCAAGAGGGUCGUGGGCCGCGAGCGCAUCCCGCUCAACAUGGCGCGCAUGGUGGAGAACCCAAACUACCCCGUCUACCACCAGGACUCGCUCAAGGGCGGCAAAAAUGCAGUGCGACAUAUCGCGCGCGAGAAGAUCAGCUUCAUCCAGUCGCUGGGCGAAGGUGCGUUCGGGCGCGUGUUCCUGGGCACCGUGGACUACCUGACCCCCGACGAGCCGACGACGCUGGUCGCCGUGAAGACGCUCAAGGACGCGGCGGGCGACGAGGCACGCGUGGACUUCGAGCGCGAGGCCGAACUGCUCACCAACCUGCACCACGCAAACAUUGUGCGCUUCUACGGCGUCUCCACCGACGGGGACCCGCUCAUGAUCCUCUUCGAGUACAUGGAGUACGGGGAUCUCAACAAUUUUCUCAGGGAUCGUGGCCCGGAUCGGUCGGUGCUGGAUCCUGGCGCCAAAGCUGUUGCACCUCUGACAAGGGCUGACCUGCUGAAGAUAUCGGUCCAAGUGGCAGCCGGCAUGGAGUACCUGGCGUCGCAGCACUUCGUGCACAGAGAUCUCGCGACACGCAACUGUCUCGUCGGCGACAUGUUGGUCAUCAAAAUAGGCGACUUCGGAAUGUCUCGGGACGUCUACAGCACCGACUACUACAGGGUGGGAAGACACACCAUGUUGCCCAUCCGGUGGAUGCCUCCGGAGAGCAUCCUAUACCGCAAGUUCACUGUCGAGUCGGACGUCUGGAGCUUCGGCGUCGUGCUCUGGGAAAUAUUCGCGUUCGGCAAGCAACCCUGGUACGAGCUGUCAAACCACGAGGUGAUCCAGCAGGUGACAAGCGGUAAACUCCUGACCAAACCCGACGGCUGCCCCGAGGAGAUCUAUCAGAUGAUGCUGACCUGCUGGAAGACGCAGCCGCAGGACAGGUGCCCUAUCAAGGAGCUCCACUCACAGCUGGAGCACUUCUGCAAGGCCGAGUCGGAGUACAUGCCCGUCAUUGAGUGAUCAUCGCACCGGUGCUGUUGUGACGACAGGGCUACACCACGCCUUGUGUGCCCUCAACCAUGCUCGGGACGCACAAGAUGGCAGUCCUAACCUGCGCGCUCUCUGCAACGAGCAAAUAGCUGAACAGAUAACACUAUCCGUUGAGCAGCAGCCCGUGCAGCCUCUUCUGCCUUCCACGUGUAGGGAGCUUCGAGCUUUCGUUUCAUAGAGCAGAAAUUGGCCACGACGACAGAAAGUGAGCAUCACAGUGAAAUCAGGCUCAAACACUCGAUGACACACACGCGCGAAUAAAAAUUUUACUCAAUAUCUCGCACUAGAGCUUCGUCAAGUUCGUCAGCCGUUGCAUAAAAAAAACGAUGAUGUAGGUCUGCGCAACUGGACGCUCCGUUAGCUGCCCUAAUUUCAGAAACGGCCAGUAUCGUCUCUCGAUGAAAGUCAUCCGCCAAUAUCAAUCGGCUUACACUGUGACAGAUAUUAUUCGGAGUGCGGGCGACAUCCAACGGCAAAAACGCCCUAUACACAACAGAGCCUCCAAGAUCAGCGAAGGGGUACACAAACUUCUAAGGAUCGUUCUUGAAGACCGAACUCUUUAUGGCAAAAGCUGCGAUGAAGACACCGCCAAGCAGUGGGAGGAAAUGCAUCUAGCGAACGACCUUCCCUAACAAGCAAGGCACUGCAUGUUGCGAAGUGCCUUCUGUCAAGAGCGGUCAUGUGGAUUCGGCGCUGAAACACGGAAGGCACCCGUUUCUCUGCUUCGCUACCUUGCCCGUGGUGUCACAAAAAUCACGGACCAACUGGCUCGAUGCUUCUAUUUUUGUGCAUUGCGAUUUCAGUACGUACGUUUGUCGUCAUAGUAUAGCUGUAACAGAACGUGUCACAGUCAUUUUGGAGCGCAGAAAACCCUACAGUAAGCGUGAGGAUUCUGUUAUCAGUGCCAACUAAUUCGCGGCAGGGCAGGUUAAUGCACGACCAUCAGCGCUAAGCAGGUGCUUGACCUCUGUGCCUGCUACCAUGGUCAACAGGCGAUGUAGAACAUCAAUGUAGCUCAGAUAUUUCGCUAAAGCCAUAAGCCUGGCAUUAGUUUAUAAUUAUUGCUAAACAAUACAGGCUCAACUAUUUCGCGCAUCAUACGAGGCAUCCCGAGGCACCUAGGCUUGGUAGCUUCUGCAGGGAGGCACCUACAACUCUAAACGGAGGCCUGGUAUGCGUGGUGUCGUCUGUUUCGGUUCACGCUUUAAUGAAAUCAACGAGGAAUCAGCAUAGCAACCAAAGACUGGGGUAGAGCUUGAUUAAUUAAGGUUCGCUCGGCCGGCUGAGGGCACAAGUCAAGGAACGAAGUAAAGCGAAAAGCACAUUUCGCAGGUCGACCUGUUGUCGUUCCGGAAACUCCGCUGCCACCAAUCGAAGGUAACGGGACCUAGUCAGGGUCACCAGAAAGAGAUGUUUUGUCGUUAUAACGUUGCUUUAAAGGAGUGGCAGCGAGGCCCACUUUGCGGUCACGCUGGCAGAUUAAAUGCCAACACUAGCAAGGACUGCGGAGGCGAAAAAUUAAAGAAAAGCAAGAAUGCUUUUCCGUCUUUUCUGUUAGAGCACUUACAGAUGGACGAUUGGGGACUCGGCGACACCAAAAAUUAACAAAUGAGCGAACUCGCCUCCUAGAAAAGCGCCUUUCUGGACGACUACAAAACCAAAUUCCCAACGUCAAAGUCCCGGUAGUUUUUACAAAGCAUCCGAAAACGCGGAAACGUGCGCAGAAGCUCACAGAAUCCACCGCAAAGCAUUGCAAGCGCAGUUCAGAAUAUUGCAUGCAUUACUACAGCAUCGUCGCACAGUGUGUGCCAUCGAGCGCGCCGGAAGCCGUCAUCGAUUUGUAGCAAGUCAUCGAAAGCAUACGGAGCCCGCAUCAAGCCUGCCGAGGCCGUGUGCGCGACAGUGCUUCACUUGUGACCCUUUGUUUGCGUGUGCUCGAGCGCGUCACAAUGAAGCUGCGUGAUGUACUGUCUCCUCGCAUAACUCAGCUUCGUCAGAAUGAACUUUUACUACCAGCAUCGACACACCACGCGUUCUAACGUCAUUCCUCGUUCUGUUCCGUGAUUUAAUGGCGCUUCUGAACGGUGCCACAGAGACGGACACCAUCUUGUGCGCGGAAGUGUGUUCGUGUUCGUGUACCCACCCACGUCGAAGAGAAUGUGUCGCACGCGGGGACGUCGUCAAAAUGUGCUUUUAUUUUCUGACCCGCCGUCCGGCGCAUUAGGAACCUCCAUCGCGCUUACGUGGGACAAAAGCGAUACGAAGAGAUGUUUACCUCGUUUACGCUUCUGGUGUACACACAUAAAUGUACAAAAUGUGCUUUC